AUGACUGCGGCGGCGAAAGGGCCAGACGUGGUGACCGCGGUGGCCACAGAGGAAGAAGGGGAAGAGGUGGCGGCCAAUGGCAGGAACCUCGCCAAUAGGCAGUUUAAAAUUUCAAUCAAGUUUGCUGGACGGCCCGACCUGCACCAUUUGCGAGAGUUCUUGCGAGGAGGUCUGGGGGAUGAUGGAAGGGGACCGCAAGAAGUCAUCCAAGCUCUCGAUGUGGUGCUCAGGGUGCAUCCUUCUAAGAAUUAUGUUACUGUGGCAAGGUCUUUCUUCUCUCCAGAAUUUGGGGACCGUAGUCCAAUUGGUGGUGGCUUGGAAUGUUGGAGGGGUUAUUACCAGAGUCUUCGCCCCACGCAGAUGGGAUUAUCUUUGAAUAUUGAUAUUGCUGCAACAUCAUUUUACAAGGAUGUGGAUGUUGUACACUUCGCAGUGGACCAUCUUGGAGUUCGGGAUCCUAGGAGUCCCCUUUCUUAUUCUGAUAUUGAAAAAGUUGAGUUUCUGUCACACCUCCGACUCGAGAUCGCGAGAACGAUCAAGAGGAUAUGUGAAACUGAGCUAGGGAUAGCAUCACAAUGCUGCAUACAGAAAAACAUUUUUAACCCAAAACCACAAUAUCUUAGUAAUCUGGCUUUGAAGAUUAAUGUUAAGGUUGGAGGACGAAAUACUAUGCUUAAAGAUUCCAUUAAUAUUCAACCUGGUCAAAAUGUUCCUACCAUUUUCUUUGGAGCUGAUGUGUCACAUCCCCCUCCUGGAGAGGAUUCAUUUUCUUCGAUUGCUGCGGUUGUGGCUUCAAUGGAUUGGCUUGAGGUGUCCAAAUACAGAUGUCUAAUCUCUGCACAGCCACAUCAACAAGAAAUAAUCGAGGACUUGUAUAAAGAACAGAUGGACCAUCAAAAGGGUGUUGUGCAUGGAGGGAUGAUUAGGGAACUUCUUGUUGCUUUUCAUCGUACAACAGGCCAGUGGCCACAAUCUAUCAUAUUCUACAGGGAUGGUGUUAGUGAAGGACAGUUCAAGCAUGUCUUGCUAUAUGAAUUAAUUGCAAUUUGGAAGGCUUGUUUUUCAUUGCACGAAAAGUAUGUUCCUCGGAUAACAUUCGUGGUAGUACAAAAGAGGUAUCACACACACUUGUUUUCAGAUGUGUAUGCUAAACCUAAUACAACUGACAGAAGUGGGAAUAUUGCACCUGGGUGGAUAAAAAAAAUCUGUCACCUAAUAGAGUUUGAUUUUUACCUUUGUAGUCAUGCGGGUAUUCAGGGAACAAGUAGGCCGACUCACUAUCAUGUACUAUGGAAUGAUAAUGGCUUUACGGCUGAUGCAUUGCAGAUGCUGACUUACAACCUAUGUUACAUGUAUGCUCGAUGCCCUCGAUCUAUUUCAAUAGUUCUUCCUGCAUACUAUGCACAUCUAGCUACUUUCAGGGCAAGAUUGUACACUCAAGUUGAUGCACCAGAUGGUGGAUCAUCAUUUUCAGCUACAAGAAAUACCCGAGAAAAGAGGGUUGAGGUGCGACCCCGUCCUAGCAUUAAGGAAAAUGUGAAGGAUGUUAUGUUCUUUUGCUGA